AGGUUAAGAUCGUUAAUAUCUAAUAGGCAACGCAUCUUUGUUUAUGCAUUGUCAUUUCAUAAUAAUAAGUGUCUUGAUUUGAAAAGUAUUUCAGAAAUAGAUAUAAAAUGGCUUUAGCUGAAAUUUGUGGUCUACAAGAUUUUGAUAAUCGCAAAUUUGGAAAUAACCUAUUUGAUGACAUUGGUCAGUAUUCGGGUAAUUUUUCCCAUCACAUCAAUUUAGCUGCACCCCCGUUUGGAAACCCAGCUGAUUUACAUAAGUUUAACAAAGAUGAAGCAGGUAGAAAAUUAAAAAUUAAUUUUGAUCAUGGAACAACAACAUUAGGAUUUCGUUAUGAAGGUGGCGUAAUUCUUGCUGUGGAUUCUAGGGCUACUGGUGGUGCAUUUAUUGGGUCACAAACCAUGAAAAAAAUCGUUGAAAUAAAUGAUUUUCUACUAGGCACCUUGGCAGGUGGGGCUGCUGAUUGUGUAUACUGGGAUAGAGUUUUGUCUAAACAAUGUCGAAUGUAUGAAUUGCGCAACAGAGAAAGAAUUUCAGUUGCAGCUGCAUCAAAACUUAUGGCAAAUAUGGUUUAUAAUUAUAAAGGAAUGGGACUUUCUAUGGGAAUGAUGCUUGCUGGAUGGGAUAAAAGAGGCCCUCAACUAUAUUAUGUAGACUCAGAAGGUAGCAGAAUACCAGGGAAAGUGUUCAGUGUAGGCUCAGGAUCUGUUUAUGCUUUUGGUGUUUUGGACUCUGGCUAUAGAUGGGAUUUAAAAGAUGAGGAAGCUCAAGAACUAGGAAGACGCUCUAUUUUUCAUGCCACUCAUAGAGAUGCAUAUUCUGGUGGUAUAGUACGUGUAUAUCAUAUUACACCAAACGGUUGGGUUCACAUUGACAAUAAUGACUGUACAGAUAUGUAUUACAAGUAUCAGGAAGAAAAGAAAGCAGAGGAAGGCAAAUAGGUUUAAUUAAAUUUACUAUAUAAGUUUUGUAUUGAAUAAAUAAAAUUUAUUGGGUCACAA